AUGGCCACAUUCAAGGUUGUCGUUCACAACAAAAGCGCUUCAAUCCAAAACUACAUGUUCUUCAAUGCCCCUCCCGAGCAGGUCUUUGGAUCAAAGCUGUAUUCCAACGUAUGGGUCACCAAAACUGACGUCGACACUCCCAACGGCACAGCGACCCUGACUGUCCAAGAAAAGAUGUUCGCAGUCUGCGGCACCGCUCCCUCGCCUUUAGCCGAAGGCGUCACAGUCAGUUCGAGCGACUAUGCGGAGGUGCAGCUCACGCAAGGGUCCACCGGCGGCACCAUCGCCGCAGCAGAGGCGGCCAACGCCAACAUCUUCGUCGGACACGGCAAGGACGACGGGACCGGCAACAUCGUUCCCGUCGCUACCUGGGUCCCAAGCUCCUUGUCCGACUACACCGUCCAGCCCCAAGUCGUCUUCUACAUUGCGACGGGAGACUAUCAGCAGGGCACCUGUGUCGAUGUGACUGGCCAUGGUCCAGUGGGAAAGGUUGAUUUCGCCCAGGCCAAACCGGGCCAGCUCACCGCUGAUAUCACUCAAUACGCCGACAACAGCUGGGGAGAGCCUGUGUUCAGCUGAAGGAGUGCUGAGGCCGUGUGAGGCAAGAUCUGACGUCUUGCUGAAGCCGAGGAGGGAUGUGUGGGGUUUUCAAUUUACUAACGACUCUCGUCUUCGACUUGCUUUGAUCUUGUGAGGAGUGGGCAGAAGUAUGGUGGUAGUCAUGUUCAGGCCGAUGAUAGUUGAAUGAAUCUUGUCAGUUUCGGAGCCAAGCACCGCAACGUUGCUGAUUUAAACGUAUCGUGAUGGUGUUGCGCGCAU